AUGGCCAACGCAUGUUAUGAGAACCUCAAUCACUCCUUCCUCUUCCCCCCUUCGCUUCCUUCCUCAAACAUCUUCCUCCCUCUCCUCACCGGCUCAUCUCAAGCACUCAAAUGGAUUCCCAACCUUGGCUUCACCUUGGAGCAAUUCAACCUCAGAGCAAUCCGUAUGAAGAUAAUGGAAAGAAUUCCAAGCUAUCUUCGGGAGACCAUCUCCUCAAUCCAGCAGCUAUCCACAUCAGAGCUGGCCCUCUAUAUUUCCCUGGUCCUGGGAACAUAUGUUCUUCUUGUCCGCUCGCUUCGGUAUCGUCGAAUCAAUCAGCUCGAGGCACAUUAUAACUAUCGUACUCGUGCCUCGAUGGCAAAGAUGACGGACCACGAAGCCUGGGAGAUUCAGCGAGCAAUGGCUCAAUAUGAGUUUCCGUUCACGGUUGAGAAGAGUCUUCAAUUUGCACUUUUCCGCACAUAUGGAAUCCCCACAAUCUCAAGCACAUUGAUGAAGACAAAGCAAUUCUCCAACAAUAUGUACUCCGGCAAACGCUACGUAGACACCUGCGUCCUGAUCGGCGAGUUCAUAGUCCACAGCCCGGCCACAGUGCGUUCUCGCAUCGGACUUGCUCGCACAAAGUAUUUGCACAAUGGCUAUCGCAAAUCAGGAUCCGUCCGCGAAGAGGACAUGCUCUACACACUUUCUCUGUUUGCGACGGAGCCCAUCCGUUUUAUCAAUUUGUACGAAUGGCGGUCGGCCACGGACCUGGAGCGCUGCGCCAUGGGCGUGUUUUGGAAAUCCGUCGGCGAUGCUCUGGGUAUUGACUAUGCUGCUUUCCUCCCUUCUGCUAAAGCGGCUGCCGAAUCUGGGAAUACCAAUGGUACCCCUGCCAGCGGAUACACGGAUGGAAUCCAUUGGCUUGAGGAGAUUACCACCUGGGCACAGGAAUACGAGAAGAAAGCCAUGGUCUCCGCACAAACAAACAGAGACACCGCCGACCAGACAACCGCCAUCCUCACCUACGCUCUUCCGCGUCCAUUCAAGUUCAUAGGCAACUGGUUCGUCUCAUCCAUGAUGGACGACCGUCUCCGUAAUGCGAUGCUCUACCCUCGCGCUCCCCGGGUCGUAGAGAAUAUGUUCUGGCUCGCCUUUGAAGCACGCAAACUCUUCCUCCAGAACCUCUGUCUCCCUCGACCAGAGUUCAUGCGUCAUGUCGCCUUUACCGAGAAGCCAGACCGACAAACCGGUGCGUAUCACGUCACGAACUGGACUGCGGAGCCGUUCUAUGUCAAGCCCACGCUGUGGAAUAGAUGGUUGAGUCCAUCUGCGAUUGUGGCGCGUAUCAUGCGCUUCCCCUUGCCGGGUGAUCAGGGAGACAAGUACCAUCCUCAGGGAUAUGACUUGAGGGAUAUGGGCCCAAAACAGUUUGAACGUAAGGGCAAGGACUAUCUGGAGCGGGAAAUGAAGACUAUGGAGAAGGAGAGGACAGGGCAGUGUCCUUUCCUCUAG